UCGUUCUUCAUAUGUAAGUUUGUCUCUCUCUCUGUUUUCUUUAGGUAUUAAUGUCUGCAAGUGAUUCUUGUUCAUCGUCAAUGGAGGAAGAGCUUCAUGUUUUAGCUGUAGAUGAUAAUCUAAUUGACCGUAAACUCGUUGAGAGAAUCCUCAAGAUCUCUUCUUGCAAAGUAACAACAGCAGAAAAUGGGCUUAGAGCAUUGGAGUACUUAGGAUUGGGAGGGGAUCCACAACAGAGUGAUCCAGUAACUUCCACCAAUGUAAUGAAGGUGAAUCUUAUCAUCACUGAUUAUUGUAUGCCAGGAAUGACAGGUUUUGAGCUGCUCAAGAAAGUGAAGCAGGAGUCAUCGAAUCUAAAGGAAGUACCUGUUGUGAUAUUGUCUUCAGAGAACAUUCCUACUCGCAUCAACAAAUGCUUAGCGAGCGGUGCACAAAUGUUUAUGCAGAAGCCGCUGAAAUUAUCGGAUGUAGAGAAGCUGAAAUGUCAUCUCCUAAACUGCAGAAUCUGA